AUGACUUGGGCUGUCGAAAUCUCCCAGUAUGACUUACAGUAUGAACCCAGGCACGUGAUCAAGGCUCAAGCCAUGGCUGAUUUCCUGGUAGAAGUAACAGGGGACCUAGACGGGGCGCCGAGCACACAGUGGAAGCUCCAUGUUGACGGAGCAUCUAACCAAACGUUCGGAGGAGCAGAAAUCAUCCUGGAGAACCCAGCUAGAGUUAUAUACGAGCAGUCAAUCAAAUUAGACUUCCUGGUGUCAAACAACCAAGCGGAAUAUGAGGCCCUGCUGGGCGGCCUAGCUCUAGCAAGGGAAGUCGGAGCCACAAGACUGGAAGUGUGUAGUGACUCGCAGGUCGUUACUUCUCAGAUCAAUGGAACCUACCAAGCCAGAGACUCACUAUUACAGAGGUACCUGGAGAAAGUCAAAGAAUUGAGCAAGAAAUUUGAGGAGGUCACGAUCCAACACGUUCCGAGAGAAAGGAACACACGGGCAGACCUCCUGUCCAAGCUAGCAAGCACAAAGCCAGGGACUGGCAACCGGUCCCUCAUUCAAGGAUUGAUGAAAGAACUAGCAGUAGUGCUACAGCUAACCCAGUUAGAACCUUGUUGGAUGGACCCGAUCAUCGAAUUCCUGGGAAAGGCCAGGCUCCCCAGCGACGAGCAGGCGGCCAAAACAAUAAGACAAAAGGCGGCCAAGUAUGCAAUCAUACAGAGCCAGUUGUUUAAAAAAGGACUUAGCCAACCACUGCUGAAAUGCCUGCACCCCGACCAAACGGAGUACGUCCUCCAGAAAGUCCAUGAAGGAUGCUGCGGUCACCACAUCAGAGGGAAGGCCCUCGCUAGGAAGCUCAUCAGAGCCGGAUACUACUGGCCCUCUCUGAUGGCGGACUCUAAGGAGUUCGUGAGAAGGUGCAAGAGAUGCCAGGAAAACUCCAGCUUCCACAAAGCGCCAGCAACCGAACUUAGCGUUCUCACAACUUCCCAACCUUUCUCACAAUGGGGAAUUGACCUAUUAGGACCCUUCCCGGUCGGGUCAGGACAAGUCAAGUACCUGAUAGUGGCGAUUGACUACUAUACAAAGUGGAUAGAGGCAGAGCUGUUGGCCAGCAUAUCCUCAGCGAAUUGUCGAAAGUUCGUAUGGAGACAGAUAAUAGCAAGAUUCGGCAUCCCAAAAGCCGUUAUCUCGGACAACGAGAUGCAGUUUGCUGAUAAAAAAUUUGGAGAGUUCCUUGCCGUUUUGGGGAUAAAGCAAAAGUUUUCGUCAAUAGAGCACCCCCAGACCAAUGGACAAGUGGAGGCUGCAAACAAGAUCAUCCUGCAGGGCCUCAAGAGGUGA